UAGUACAGCAGCAGUGGCUGGCAGUGGGUAGUCCAGUUGGGUUUCAGAUUCUUCCUUUUAUUCCGAUGACACAGGAACAAAACCCAGUCCAGCAAACGUCGCGGUCUCAUCAAGAAGACUCCCUUCCCUCCCUUGUCGGCAAGGUCAACGACGAGGGCAAGGACGGAACCUGCUCAACGGCGGCAAUGGAGGGCCGCAGCAUGAAGAGAGACGUCAGUCGACGAUCGAGCCAGAGUCGAUCGCGCAAUGGUGGCCAGCAGCAACAGCAGCAGCAGCGACCGACUCAGCAGAAGCAGCCGCCAGUACCGUCUCCGGAGCAUGAGAGGGCACGAGAAGCGGCGAAGCAAGCCGAAAGGGAGCACUGGGAGCGGACAAGAGGCGCCGGGUCGUCGGUUAUGAAGCUUCUCGACGCAGGCGAGACGAGCAAGGACCCGUCCGACAUUCUUCCCAAGCUCGAAGACAUCCAGGGGAAGGUCUACGAGCCGAGCGAUGUGCCGAGUGCAGAUGUUCUGCUCAGCAAAGGUAUCUGCGACUAUACUUUGCUGCCAAAGAUCCUUGGCCGAGGCAAGUUCUCGACUGUCUUCAUGGCCUCACGAGCAGGCGAGCUGUCGGCCAUCAAGCAUACAGCCCUCUUUCCCCAUCACCACCUCAUCGCUACCAGGCUUCUACGUGAGCCGACUUUGCUGGCCGAGCUUCCACCGCAUCCGAACCUCGUCACCGUCAAGGAGACAAUUCGCACACCGGGUCACUUUUACCUGGUCGAAGAGUAUCUCGAUGGCUACGUCACACUCGAGGCACUCCUGCCCAUGCUCGACGAUCAUCAACCCCCCGUGUUGCCAAUCUGGGCCGCCGAAAAGAUUCUCAACCAGCUCUUGUCGGCCGUACAUGCGAUCCACGUCCCGCUCCAGAUCUGCCAUCGUGACAUCAAGCCCGAGAACAUUCUCGUCCACCCAACUACGAUGCAGCUCAAGCUCCUUGACUUUGGUCUAGCCACCCACUUCAGCAAGAGUGAACCCAAGCUGACGACUUGCUGCGGCAGCCCGGCAUUCCACUGUCCUGAGAUCGUCAAGGCGUUGGCCAGUGCGCCUGGCCAGGUGACCUACAUGGGCCCCGAAGUCGACGCCUGGACGUGUGGUGUCACUAUGCUUCGCUGCCUGACUGGUGCUCGCUUUCCUCUGGGUGCCUCGCACUCAAGCCUGCGGGCCAUGGCCAUUCGCACCCAGCGUGCCGUUGCCGCCAUCCAGGACGCGCCGAUGCGGGAACGAGUAGCGGCGCUUCUCGACAUGGAUGGUCCAAAAAGGAUGCGCAAGUUCAAUGAGCUGGUCCAAGAGCAAGAGAGGGUGCUCGGCGAGCCAGAGCGAGGCACCAAGCACUUCAAGAGCACGACCUUCAUCCCCGUCGAACCCACACAUACGAUGAAGCUGCCUCUGCUGGCUCCUCACUUGGCAGACCAUGUCUUGGCCGCCCCUACCCCUGGUCCAGGUGCCUCUCGAAGGAGCACGCCAGCCAGCUCGAGGCCCCCCUCGCCCCUGACAAACUCUCCACCAAUACUUUCUGGUGCAGAUCUUCCCGCAGCACACACCAUCAUUGCUCUCAACCCGACGCUGCAGCCUCCCGAGAGAGUACUGUCGUUUGUCAAGUACUGCCUUCGAUGCGCUGGCAUCCUUUACCACUCUUGGCCUGACGUGCCUCAGCCCACUUCAUCGCCUUCGACAUCCUCGGGAUCCUCCUCCUCGGCAGUCGCGCCACUGUCUGUCCAACACCAUGCAGCCUUUGCCGAGGCUAUUGUUCGAACAAUGGGGGAAGGGCCUACACCACCAGUCACGCCUCUGUUUCCCUCCAUGUCAGGAGGCACCGGUCCAGAGCGUCAAGACGGCUGGGCCCACGUUCAAGUCUUCCAGUGUGUCGUCGAGCUCGUCGAAGAGCCACCGAAGACCGAAGAGAAGCCCCUGUCACUUGUCCAGAGCAUCAUGGCGGCAUUUGGGAGAAGAACCGAGAGUCCGCGACAGCAGCAGCAUCAGCAACAGCAGCAUCCCACCUACAAACGCAGCUCUUCUACGCCUGCCAAGCCACGUCCCGACGGGCCAGCUCAGGCUCCAGGUACGCCCGCCGGAAACGCGACGCCCACCUCGUCUUCGACUAGCAAGGAUGGCGUGACACGAUGCUUGACCUUCUAUCUCAUUGCACGCUUUCCCAAGGUCGCGGCCACUUCUACUCGACCGCCUCACUCGCGCACCUCGUCGUCGGUCGGGCGACGAUCACGCGCCAGCUCGAUGGCUAGCACGCCCCUGCUCAAUGGCGGCGCUACCUUUGACGACGACAGGCUGUAUGCGACAGACGACGAAAGCCGAAAGGGUGACAAGUCCAGACGAGUGACGGCAGAUUCUGGCUCUGUCAAGGAUGCGCCUCUUGCCCAGCUUUCGUCUGCCGCUGCCUCGGGGAAGACAUCGAGAUCCAGGCAGAACACCAACGAGGGCAAGCCUUUGGAGCUGUCAGCUCAGGGCGGCAACGGUUCAGGCUUGGCCAUCGAUACCUCGCCAGAACGCCUGCUUCGAUCUUCCAGCCAUCAGCAGCUAACCUCUUUCCCGGCCUUGUACCCUGCCACACCUGCAAGGUCACCAUCGGCCUCAAGACCGGCCUCGAGGACACGCAAGAGGAGCCACCGAGGCAGCGGCAGCUCCCGCCGCGGUGCGCGUGUCGUCUUUGAGAUCUCCGACGAGCGUGCAGUCGAAAAGGUACGCAGCGCCCUCGCCGUAGGAGGACAGGUCGACAGCACCGAGCACGAAGACUACUUCUCUCUUGGAUACCAUCAUGCUGCUCGCCAAUCACUCGGAUUGACGAGCUUCGACCCAGAAGCGGGCGGGACAAGCCCGGUGGCCGAGGAGGUUGAUACGCCCCGCCAGUCUCGCUCUACGUCGGUAACAACAGUCGAGUCGAACAAUUCAACACCAAAGGUUGCCCAUCACCUCUCUCUCCACCUUGAUCACGGCAGCGAAGACGACACGCACAGGGGACGUCAAAGGCAUAUGGCCGCAGCGCGGUUGGCCAGGAUGUCGCCGACGAGGCGACAUGCGACCUUUAGCCCCAGCAACAUGCGCCACCCGUCCCAGCUCUCGGUGGUGGCUGUCAAAGAGGAGGAGUCCCCGACCCCCAACGUCAUUGAUGCUGCUGUCGAUUCGUUGAACGAAGCAAUGGAGAAGCAGGAGGACGAGGGCAAAGAGGCUCGGAUCGAGUCUCUGAUGCGCGACAUCGUGAAGCUCCUCGAGGAGCUUCGAGCCAAAGAAACCACCGCCCUCGAGGACUUUGUCUCGCCCCGCUCCUUUUCACUCUUCGGCGCCUUGAGCCCGGUGCUAGGAGUGCAGGGAAAGGAGACUGGCGGAGGAUCACGCGCAUUGGCCCUUCAAGCACUCGAACUUAUUGCGCGAUCUGCCAGUCCGCGAGAGCUUUUCCUGGCUUCUCAAGAGCGCCUUGAAGUUGUCGCAAGCGAGGAAGAGGAAGAGGAAGGGUCGACGCUCAUGAGCCGGGCUUGUGAGGUGGCCGGUUUGAUGCGCAUUUUGAGCAUCGUAAUCCCUCGCAUCAAGACCAACAAAUUUGCCAACUUCACAGGACCUCUCGCCUUGACCGUUGCCAAGUCUGUUCGACGGUCACUCUCGAUCCUGGACAAGGGAGGGGACGGCUCGAAGGAUGUCGUCACCCAGUUGGCACGAAUGCUCUGCGACCUCGUCGUGGCAGUCAGGGAUUGGGAGUCACGAGGUGGAUCAGGGGCAAAGGAAGCAUCGUCUGACGUGGUCUACCUUUUCUUCUCUUCGCUCGUCCCUCUCAUUUCUCAUCUCUAUACCCUGGAGGGAUGCCCUUCCUUGGCUGAGCUCCACUUCCGCCAUUCACAGCCCAGGUACGCCUUUGAGCGGCCUGGCGGAGGAGGCGAGAGUGCCUCUUCGCAAACGGCAAGAAAUCCUGCUUGGCAGCUCGUCAGCGAAACGGUCGAUACGCUCAAACUGGAUCUCUACACGCUUGCUUUUGCGCGCAACGGCCCGCUAGGCACGGAGGAGACGGCUCGUACGGCCAACAUCAACAUUGGUGCCUUUGUGCUCCUCGUCAGCUUUGAAGCUCAGAAGCGGCGCGAAGGAGAGAAGACUUUUGACAAGGACGGUGAAGGGGCCGCAGUGGCGAAGCUGCGUCAAUCGCUGGCCUUGAUCAUCGCCUGUCUCGGCGCGGGCCCCCCGGCAACGACCAGCUCGACGGGCAUGGAUGGCAACGCUCUCAAAGGCUCGGGUCAGCUCGCCGACGCGGCCUUGACCUGGGUCAUGUGGUGCGUUGAAGGGCUCGCAGAAGGGACGAAGCUGGACGGGGAGUUGGCCAUUGUUCUCGUCCAGACACUUUCAUCGCAUGCAGCCCUUUGCCCCUCGCCCGUUGCGCGUCUCGUCGCCAUGAGGGUGCUCACCAGACUCCUCAUUCAGCACACCGAUGACGGUCUUGCCGUGGAGCUUCUCCGGGAUCUCGUCGUCGAAUCGCCGUUUCCCCAGCUCAGGACAGCGAGCCUCGGCCUGGCGCGGGAAUUCAUCGAUGCCAAAUUGAGUCAGGGGACCGUCGAACCCUGUCAAAGAUUCUUGACCGAUGUCGCGCCCACCAUCUCGGCGCUUCCCGAAUCGCUUCCCUUUCCGCUCGCUUCUGCCUCUGCUUCCGCAAUGCAGCAGGGCGACAAGGGGAAUUUGCAGGCUGCCAGAUCGUUCUUGGACGAUCAUGGAGCUUGGCUUACCGAAUGCUGUGGGCUCGUCUACUUUUGCGUCGUCAAGGACAGACACAGGAGCAAGGACAACGAGGGAGAGCGUCCGCUGCUUCUCGAUGCAGAUGAGAAUUUGCUGCAGCUCGCUCGAUCAGGACUAGUCGAGCCCAUCCAGAGAUGGCUCGAUGCGUGGACAGUAGAGGGAACAGGCAAAAGACCAGACGAGGUAGAGCCGCAGAUGUCUGUGUUACAAGUUACGCUCGAGAGGCUUGCAUCGCUCUAGUAGUAGUAGAGUAGUAUUUUCUUCUUCAUUCUUUCUUUUCCGAUUCAUCACUUUUCAUACCAUAACACAAACAGGAUCCGGACGCAUUUAAGAGUAAUCACAUCAUCAUGUCUUUUCCAUCUUUUGCAGAU